UUGGAGUUAACAAGAGUUUAAAAGCAAGAUCCCCUCCCCCCCACGCAGGUGCGACGGACGACCCUUCCUUCGGGAUUUUAUGGUGAUGACCUCGCUGCCUGCGAGCCCUGGAAUCACGUGCAAGCAACUCCAACAACCGCUCAGCCUGGCGUGGAAGAGGUGGGGCUGUGAAGAAUAUAAGUACUGCUGAUUUCGCCCAGGGAGCGGACACCAGUUUACCUAGUUCUGUAAACUAUCACAAAGCGAUCUGAUUAUCACCAUGCCGCCCAAGCGAAAGUCUAUCGAGUACGACGCCCCUCUGCCGAUUGAGGCAAACUUUGUGAGGAAUUCCUCCAUCGAGUGGAUCCCUGUUCCGCCUGCCGACUCGCCCGGAGUCGGACCGUCGACCGGAUAUGUAUCCCGGACCCUCACCAAUCUGCCGAUUCUGCCCUCGCAUACCUCCACUUCGGCGCGAGAUGCCCAUGAUAGCUCCCAGCCGUCGGGAUCACGCCUCCCACAGACAAAUGAGGAGCUGAAGCAACAGUUCGCCGCCUUCAUUCAAACCGAUAUUCAGGCUAGGAUCAAUAGCGGCAACACCGGGGGCGACGGCGGGGCCAUGGUGCUUGCCGAGCAAAUCAAGAUCAGAUCUGCGAUACGGGCUGUAGUCCUCGAUCCGUCCUCGGAGCUGGAUGGUUUGACUGUGGCGAGCAUGAGGGAGUCAGGGUCGCUCGAUACAUACUUUCGGCGUCGCUUGACCGGUUAUAUUAGCAGUGCGCUCAGGGUCAUUGGCAUCUGGGUGAACAAACCUACCGACGCCUUGGAUGAGGUGGUCAAAGGAGCGGGAAGCGGGGAGACAUCGACGACAACCACCAAAGGCAAACCGGUGGUCCGUGGCAAGGCGGACAAGGCAGCCCAGCGGACAGUGCCAACCUGGUACCAACAGUGCUGUCCCUUGACCGGUGUUGAGGUCGUCGACGCGGCGCACAUUGUCGACAUUCAAGCGGUACAGUCAAUGGGCAGCCCUGGUGAGUUUUGGGAGGUCCUUCAACUCUUCUGGCCUCUGCAAAGCAUCCAACAGCUUAAGAUCAUCGGCUGUGAGGAACAAAACAUCCUUCCAUUGCAACCUACCGCGCAUCGGCUUUGGGAUCGGCACAAAUUCGCACUCCGCCCUAUCCAACACCCGACCGAUCCGGAACACAGGAUAUAUCUUCAAGUCGUCUGGUUCAAAGACCGACAUGCCGAGAUAGGUCUUGGUAAUGACGGGCAGCGCCGUAACAAGGAGACUAACUUGUCGGACCGCAGACGGAAGAUGGAGGACUCGACUGGGGCUGGAGCCAGAUACGUCGUGCACGGCGACAUCUAUGAAUUGAGCACGUCUGACCCGGAGAAACGCCCACUCCCGGACAUCCGCUAUUUCCAGAUGCGGUAUGCGAUGCAGCAGCUCUUUGCGGGCCAACAAGCUGCCGGAGCCCUUCGAGCAAUCUUUGGCGGCGACCCUCCCGACGAUAACACACCAGGUCCGGCUCGAGACGAGGCAUUCAUGCCCAGCGACUGGGACGACAUGCUCCGAGAGGCUCUCGAGCUCGGUAUUUUGAGCGAUAAGACAGAAGCGAUCUGGAGAAGGCAUAUACUCGAGAAGGCGUACUGGGAAGGUCUACAGAGAGUGUGGAAGUAUAGAGCUGCUACGGGCGAGCUAGGGAGCGAGGCAGAGGAGGAGUACUAGGGGACCCCCUCCCUAACCAAACCUCCUGCGCUGCCCGUAGAGAAGGAUCCGGCCAGCCAACCAGGCAGGGCGGGCGGCGAGACAGGUGGUCUCGAAAAAAAACCCUCUAUCAA